GUCCUCUAUCUCUUCUUCGCAGAACACUAUUCUUUUAUCAGAUUUCAUCGAUAUUAUCAUGGCUUAUCAACGCCUCCCAAACAUCAUGUUACCAUUUCUGAUUCUUACAUGUUCAUUCUGUAUCAGCAGCAUAAUGGUUGCCGAAGCAUCACGCCAGUUGUUAGAGACUACUCCUACCUUUCCAAAGGUACCUGAGAUUCCAAAGCCCGAACUCCCCAAGUUGCCCGAGCUGCCAAAGUUUGAAAUUCCUAAAGCUCCUGAACUACCAAAGCCUGAAGCCCCUAAAUUGCCUGAGGUUCCUCAUGAGCUGCCAAAGCUUGAAAUUCCCAACGUUCCUCAAGUGCCGAAUCCUGAAGCCCCAAAGUUGCCUGAGCUGCCUCAUGAGCUGUCAAAGCCUCAAAUUCCCAAGGUUCCUGAACUGCCAAAACCUGAAGCCCCAAAGUUGCCUGAGGUGCCAAAGCCUGAACUCCCAAAUGUUUCUGAACAACCAAAGCCUGAAGUCCCUAAGUUGCAUGAAUUGAGCCAUGAUGAUGCCCCUAAGGUACCCGAAUUGCCAAAACUUGAUGCCCCUAAGUUGCCUGAAUUGCCAAAACUUGAAGUUCCUAAGUUGCCUGAAAUGCCCCAUGAAUUUCCUAAGCUUGAGAUUCCAAAAUUACCUGAACUCCCACAUGAGCUUCCUAAACCCACUUUGCCAACCAUUCCUGGCCUUUCUAAGGACAACUCUAUGCCUUCCCACAACACCCCACCUCACACCAGUAAGCCUUGAGCAUUUAAUGGAGUGAUUGUUUCAGUUGCAGAUUUAAAUAUUGCUUGAUCACUUGUGUGUUGUUUCUUAAUUUAUGAAAGCUAAUUCUUUAGCUACCUAUAGGAUUCUGUUAUCCUUUCAUAGUUACAAUUUUUUUCACCAGUAUUAUUGUAUACGUAUGAUGGAAUAUUUAUUAUAAUUUUCUAUCGAAUAUAGUUAUUUUUAUUGACAUCCAUAUAAUAAA